GUAAAUUUCAACGAAUCGCAUUGUCUAUAAAGUAAUGCCAAAUCAAGGAAGUAAAUGGUGUUUUUCCUUCUUACUUUCGGUUUCCUUUACUUGAAUUUUGCAACUUUUAAGACCAGAAUUGACAUUCGUCUGGGAGAAAAGGAAGCGGUAAUACUAAAGAGUUAUGCAGAGCAAAUAGACGAGCUACCAGAAGUAUUGGUGGACAAGGUGGACUUACUCCCGGAGUUACUUAAUAGUUCAAGGGCUAAAAAUACUUAACUAUAGUUCAUUAUGGAUGACAAGCCACCAGAUGAUGAAGAAAAGCCUUCUGUGAAAGGUCAAGAAGAACAACAGCUGGGUGAAGCUAACAGAGGACAAGAUCAUGUUCCUCAUUUCCAAGGACAACAACAGAUGGGCAGAGAUAACGUGGGUCAAGUGUAUCCACAUGCACAGUAUGGUAACAGAACACAUCAAAAUGAUCCAAGCCAGGCAAUGGAUUAUCCUGUGAAUUAUCCUGCACACAAUUCACCCAUGCCUCAAUACAGUCCACAAAAUCGCUAUCCUUUUUACCGUAGUCCACCAAUGUACCCACAGUAUCCUCCUCAUCCACAAGCAGGCAUGCCACAAGGGCUGUAUCAAUAUCCCAUGUAUGCACCUACAGUGCCAAGAAUGCACCAACCAAAUGCAGGACAAUAUCCCAGCUAUCCAAACAUGCCGCAGCCACAUCCAGGGCAGUAUCCUUUUCCAGGAGGACAAGCAGAACGUUUCGAUCAGAGUUUCCAAAAGCAACAUGCUACAUCACCAGGAUACCCAGGUACAGCAACCACAGAUGUACAAAGUCCUGGCAGAGUUUCAGAGCCAAACGGACCACAACAGCCAAUGGACUGUCCGGGGGAUCAGCAAAGCUAUGAUAUGCCGGAGCAUGUGCACCAAGUUGAAGAACACGAGAAUGAAGCUACUGGUCAUGCACAAGAGCAAGCUAUGUAUGAUACAGGAGCAUCUGAAUCUGAAAAUUCUAUGUCGGAUGAAUCUGAUGAUAGUGAGGAAGCAAUAGGAUUACUGGUUGAAGGACUGAUGAAGAUAAGUGAGAAGAGUGUGCGGUCGUAUUUUGGAAACCGGCGCAAAAGUGGAGGUGGAGACAUUUCUUCACUGUCAUUGUACGAGGACAGACAUUCAGCUGUUAUUUACUUUAAAGAUGCAGCAGGUAAUAAAAAACAUUUGUUUAUAGUGCCUAAUUCUCAAAUACACAGUGGAUGCUGCAUACAGGACGCUGAGUGUUUGCAGAAAGUUUGACUGAUGCCAUUAUCUUCUAUCAGGCCAUAUUCAUCUAGUGUUAGGCACAAAAACCAGCCCUUCUGAACAUGUCUCUGUAUUAUCUGAACUAGUGUCUAAUCAAAUAACAUUUUAUCACUAAAAUGUUCUUUUAUUUGAAACAUUGACGUUUUAGAGAUGUGCAACAUAUUGUUACUUUAAUGUAUCCAAGGUGAGAUCGACGUACAUGUAUUGUAUUACUUUAUAUAUGAAGGUAGCGCGCGGGAUGUAUCCAAGGUGAGAUCGACGUACAUGUAUUGUAUUACUUUAUAUAUGAAGGUAGCGCGCGGGAUGUAUCCAAGGUGAGAUCGACGUACAUGUAUUGUAUUACUUUAUAUAUGAAGGUAGCGCGC